AUGGCUACCGCCUUUCUGCCGUCCGCUCCCAUCCGUCUUUCCCCCGCUCUCCACGGGACUGUUCCGCGUUUGAAGCGCAGGCAGGCUUCGCCGCAGAAACUGCUCUUCGACCCUUCCUCGUGGUUCCCUUCUCACGGGCUGCAAGGUCGCCGCUCUGACAUGCGAUAUGGGUAUCGGCGAGCGUCUUCAGAACUUCGGGCCGGCGAAGGAGGCACGGAGCGUGCACGAGCACGAGAUUUAGAAAACGCCGACAAAGACAAGGAACAGCAGUCUGACGCAAAGAAGCCGAGCGGGAAACCAAGAAAGAGGCGACGCGCUUGGAAGGCGAGAGGAGAGGUGCCUGACCAGGAUCUCGAGGGAUUUGUUUCGGAAAGACGAAGCCUUCCAGGAAAAUUGAAGAAGGGGAAGGAAAACCCCCCGCGGCUCAGCUCAGGUAUGGACACGGUCAACAUCCCCCGAGUCCAGAGUCCGGCCUCUGUAGCCGUCCUUAGAGUCCCUGACAAGCAUGCAUCGGAUCUGCGAGGCCUCACAUCGCUGUUGCAUGUCCACCAAAUGCUGAUGACGAAUCGGAAGCAGACUUCUGCACAGAGCACUCCCUUCCUCGCGAGUCCCCCGUGGACUCCCGGUCCCACUCCAGAGACGGCAGAGAGGCAGAGCGCUGCUGCGUCGUUGCCCCGCACUGGACCUGUACGCAGCGAACCGGGCGCCAUCAGUGGUCUCUUUAAAACGGAGACGGAUCGGGCGAGGCUGGCCAACCUCGCGGCACCCGGGGGGAUCUCCCCGGCACUUGUGUCAGCUGUGCAGGAGGCACGCGUUCGCGCCAUCGGGUCGAGUGAGCCUGGGUACCGGCCCUUGCCCCUCGGGCCCGCGCAGAUUCCAGUCCCCGAUGGCGGCUGGGGACACCUUCAUGUCGUUGGCGGGCGAUUCGGAGGUCGGCGCCUCAUGAUGCCGCGUGGAGGCGGCGUCCGGCCUAUGAUGGCAAAGGUGAAGGAAGCAUUGUUUUCAAUGCUCCAACGCAUGGGUGUCCUAGGCUGCGUCGGCGAGCAGCGACUAAGGGUUCUGGACCUCUUCAGUGGGAGUGGAGCGUUGAGUGUCGAGGCCUUUUCCCGGGGAGCGGAGUUUGCGCUGCUUGCGGAUUCGAGUUUGGAUAGCUGCGAGGCGGCGGCAGUAAAUGUGCAGUACUGCGGAGUGGCCGAUCGCUCGUACAUCGUACGCGCAUCCGUUGAGGAGCUCUUGCUUGUCCCUGAACGCUAUCUGCGCCUGCCAAGUCGGCUCGUGGAGCAAACUCGGCAUUUGCGGACGAUUCGGAAGCUCUGCGAAGAAGGCAAAAAGCUAGCGCUGGCGUCGACUGAAGGUCGGCCUGUCCUCCAAGACGCCUUGAGAGCUCUGUCCACGCCGGAAUCAAGCUCGGAUGUCGACCGGCAGGGUGAAGAAGGCUCCACUGAAGCGCCGAUGGCGCUUCAACACGAGCUGAGAACCUUACCGGAUGUAGGUUCCUCGGCCAGCCAGCGUCUCUUCGAAAGCGUGGUGAACGAGGCUGCUAAUUCCGAGAGAGAACUGGGACGGAAACACACGUACGGCUUGGUGUUCCUCUGCCCACCGUACACCAAGGUGGUGUACAAGGAGCUGAUCCAGCUGCUACUGGAUUGUUCCAUCGUUGGUAACGACGCCGUGGUUGUCGUGGAGUACCCUAAAGAGAUCGGCUGCUUGCCGUAUCUGAUCAGGAGCGACGCCUCGUCAGCUGCACUGGUGGGCCUUCGGAAUCGAGCGUACGGCCGCACGUGUAUCGCGGUGUACUGCAAACAGAAGCUUUUCUCUGUAGCGGACCUGGCGCGGAUUCAACGCACCUGUCCCGCAAGCAUGCAAGAAGCACUCGUCACCGAUGGAAACUCGGGCGUUUCAGCCCAUGUUGAGGAGCAACGCCCAGCAGAAGCGUCUCAGUCGGACUUGCACGUGACACACGUUGAAACCGAGACUCGCGUUCCGACCAUGCCGCGUAGCAGUGAAAUGCAUGCAUGCAGAGAGACAGUGAAAGGUCUGCUCCCAAUCAGCAGUCUAUGGUACGGUCAGCAGAGACCCGAGGAGUUUGUCCCCCUCGGGAUGCGGCGACAACAGCUCGUCGCAGAAGGCUGGAUCAAAGGGAAAAAAGCGGCGGGGCGCAAAAAUAGAGCGGCCUCCAACGGAGACAGAAAAAAGACAGAAAGUCGAGAAUCCCAACUCGACUAA